AUGAAACGAUUUUACCAUAGGCAAAAUAAAACUUCUGGGGGGUCUUCCCACAGGGCUAACUGCGCACGCAGCCAGAAUGCUAGAGCCGGGGUUCCUUCGACAGGGUGCGAAGCAGAAAGCACUUCCACACCACAACAACCACGCGGCAUAUCGUAUCGCGAAGCAAAAAAGGGAAAAAAAGGCAUCCCUCGCUCUAUAGCCUCUAACAGCGAUAACAAAACGGGCUCAUCACGUAGCUGCUGGAGUUACGCCCUCCCAGACUGGAAUGCCCCAAAAAAAAAACAGAAACAUGUGGAUAACCAUAUAGUAGAAACCAAAAAGGCAUACACCUCCAUAAGCACCGCUCCGCAUAGAAGUAAAUAUGCCCAUCGUCCAGACCCACGACCCAACAUCGAAAGCAGCUCUCCGCGUAUAUGCCUGGUGAAACGAUUAAAUGGAAAGGUGGAGAAAAUUGACAUGAAGGAUAUACAAACCGCCUUUCCUAACUACAUACCAUAUGAGAAAAACGACAACAGCGCACUCCUAUCGUCAGUCUUUAGUUCCGCAGAAGAGACAGAUCAGACCCAAGGCAAGGUUGGCGACAUUUCUAACCUCCCUGUUGUGUAUCAAGAUGUGGAACUGAACUUAGAUCUCGUGAAAAAGUGUAGACAGGCAUCGAAAAGUAGGAACCCCUUCUCCGGAAUCCGCCAACGAAGUGCCAAACCCUUUUCUACGGUCAAGCUGCCUAUUGGGACCACCCGCACAAGUCAAACGGCUCGCCGGUCGAACCAAAAGGCGCCGCGACCCUCCAGAAGUUUCAGUUGCAAUAACACCAUUUAUAAUCCUUCUGCUUUCCACCCAAAGAACGGACUCAAGUCCACUCCACAGAAAAGAACCUUCUCCAAUGUGCAGACAUGGUCUAACACCCCAGGAGGGGGAUCCAACUUUUCUUCUUCUGGGAGAAGUCCCAUUAGGAGGUUUCAGUCUGCUCAGACAGAUACCCCUCCCCAACAGACGAUUUUACAGAAGCCAUACGUCAUCCCCAUGCUGUUAAGACAUUCUACAAAUAUGAUCCUGAGCCAGCUAAGAAAGAUGAAAGCCAACCAGAGGACCGACACCAAAGGAACCAGUAUCAACAUAAAGAACAAGGAGAAGCAGAAAGAGGUACAAGUUGGACCAAGCUCAUUUUCAAAAAAACAGAUGGAUAACCAAACUAUCGUGAAUGGAAAAAGAGACAAAGUGGAUUAUCCUUGCGACAAUUCCUCCUCCGUAAAAGACUACCACCAAGUGGUAGUAGGCACAAACUGCUGUAGUAGCUCCCCAGUGGGGGGCAAAAAGGGAGAUCUGACACUUCAGAGGCUGCUCGCGAAGAAAACCAAAGUGAAGUCAAUAGAGAAGGAAAAGUACAUAGAGAAGGUGAAUCCGUACAAAGUGAUCCACCAAAGCGACGAUUUUGCAAGCAUCUACCAAAACAGAGGAGACAGAAUCACUAACGAUCACUGCAUCGAUGUGUCCAGUUUGCUAUGUAUCCCUGGGUAUGUGGGGGCUUACCUAUGUGAGUCAAAUUCGACAGUUAAUCAUUCCUAUGUGAAUGGAAAAGGAAAAACACAGGAGAAGGAUACAAAACGAAGUGGGAGCAUAACCUCUGCUAGAAGUUUCACUACACAUCCACAACAAGAACAAGGACAACUUCCUAUAUACCCCGACCUCCACCUUCUAAAUGAUGACAUAAUUUUAUAUUAUCUUGAAAAAGCUAUAAACAGCUCACCCACACUUAACGUCGAUUUGAAGUACCUCCUAUUUUUGAGCGAAACUUUGAAAAACAGAAAAUUGCGUCAUCACCAUCAUCAUCGCCAUAGUCUAACCAACGCCAUAUGUGUGAUCACUUCAGAGAAUGUUCUCGGGUCACAGGACUCAAAGAAGACAUCCCUUUCGCAUGAGUAUAGCGCUUUGCAAAAAGAUGUCGUGAAAAAAAAACCCUUUUCCAUACAAAAUGACAGCACUGUCUAA